GCUUUGGCAGAAGAACGUGUGUAUCAUGCCCAAGGAUACUUGUUACUUUGGUAAAUGAAAAAAAUGAAGCAUACGUUAUGCAUAUAUUCAUGCUCUUAGCAUUCUAUUCUCGUGACGUGAUGUUUCUGUCGGGAACACUGACAAAAACGCGCUUCAUCUCCACUUUACUUGCCUCAAAACCAUUCCAAAACUAUCCAUUAUAAACUACCAUUUCCUUGUUACUCUUAUUGCUCCCUUUAUACAAAUGGAAAAGCUUUGUGAAUUUUUGGCCACUCUUGUGUUCCUUGGUAUAUUGUUUCAUGGAGAAAUGGUAUCUGCUUUGAGGACUAAAGAUGGAUCAGAAGAAUGGGGCUAUGUACAAGUCAGACCCAAAGCUCACAUGUUUUGGUGGCUAUACAGAAGCCCCUACAGAGUGGACAGUCCAUCCAAGCCAUGGCCAAUUAUUCUCUGGUUGCAGGGAGGACCUGGAUCUUCAGGAGUUGGGUUUGGAAACUUUAAAGAGAUUGGUCCUUUGGAUGCUAAUUUGAAGCCAAGGAAUUUCACAUGGUUGAGGAAAGCAGAUCUGCUAUUUGUGGACAAUCCAGUUGGAACUGGCUACAGUUUUGUGGAGGAUUCUAGGCUCUUAGUUAAAACAGAUAAGGAAGCAGCCACUGACUUGACUACAUUGAUAACUAAGUUGUUCAACAGUGAUCAUAGCCUCCAAAAGAGUCCUCUCUUCAUUGUGGCAGAGUCUUACGGUGGAAAAUUUGCUGUCACUCUUGGAUUAUCUGUUACCAAAGCUAUUCAAAAAAGAAAAUUAAAGCUUAAACUCGGAGGUGUGGUGUUAGGAGACAGCUGGAUCUCCCCUGAAGAUUUUGUGUUUUCAUGGGGGCCCUUACUUAAAGACCUCUCAAGACUUGACGACAAGGGGCUGCAAAUAUCAAACAGUAUCGCUGAGAGGAUCAAGCAACAACUUAAGGCUGGUCAAUUUGUUAAUGCAACCAAUUCAUGGAGUGAACUUGAAUAUGUAAUUAGCAUUAACAGCAACUCUGUGGAUUUCUAUAAUUUUCUGCUGGAUUCUGGAAGUGAUUCAGCAACCGUAUCCGCAAUGAAGCUGAAAUUAUUCAAAGAAAUAUCAAUGAGGGGAUACUCCAAGCAUCUUACUUCAACUAGAUAUUCUCCUGGUGUUAGUGGUGAUCUUUACAGCUUAUUAAAUGGUGUCAUAAGGAAGAAGUUGAAGAUCAUUCCUGAAAAAAUUAGAUGGUUUGAGCAAUCAGAUAAUGUUUUCACAAAUCUUGAAGGCGAUUUUAUGAAGCCAAGAAUUGCUGAGGUUGAUAAGCUGCUAGCUCUUGGGGUCAAUGUGACUGUGUACAAUGGACAAGUCGAUCUCAUUUGUGCAACCAAGGGAACAGAAGCUUGGCUUAAGAAACUAAAAUGGGCAGGGCUUCCAAACUUUUUGGGGAAAGACAGAACCCCCAUCUUCUGUGGAAGUGACAGAAAGACCAAAGGCUUUUUCAAGUCAUAUAAAAACCUAAACUUCUAUUGGAUCCUUGGAGCUGGCCAUUUUGUACCUACUGAUCAGCCUUGCAUAGCACUAAACAUGGUGGGUGCAAUUACACAGUCACCUGCGGUUUGAAGCUAGUUAUAUUAAAUCAUAUAGAAUAAGUAAAAUUGACUACUACAAGUGAUUAAUAAAGAGAACCACAGAAAAAUCAGAAGGAAAGAGUUCACAAUCAAACUAUAACGGAAUCAAACAAAGAAUAGUGAGAACUUCAGGGAAGAUGCCAUGAAAUGUUAACAUAUGUUAACAGAUUUUAACAUGCAUGUACAAUAUCGAUCAUUCUAUACUUAUGGGAUUACUAUGUGUUUUUUCUUCCUUAUGAAGUUUCGCCAUUUCUUUA